GGGCAUGCGUAUCCCGGCGGAGCGGCGCGGGCCUGGCUCCCGGCGAUGUGAGCCUCCCCCGUCCAUGGCCGGUCCUGUGUCGGGCUGAAAACCUUUUCUAAAGACUGUAGUGCUGACACUUGCUAAGGCUGUUACAAGGAAGGCCUCACAGUUGCUGCCAAAAUUUGAUGGAUUUUAGUGGAUUCUGAAGUAUGACAUCAUGGCAAGAUUUCGCAGAAGAACGUGCAUCAUUUUGUUGCUUUUUAUUUUGUUUAUUUGCUCCAUAAUGAUGGCUUUGAAGACUCUGAGACCUGACAGAGCUGGCUUUGGGGACCCAUUUGGACUUGGUUUAUUGCCUGAGCUUCAACAACGGACAGAGCUCUUAGAGAGUAAACGGAGUUCACUGAAUAGGGUUCAAGGAGAGACUGUAACACAGAUCAGUAACAUGCAUGCCGCUGUGGUCAAUACUAUGAAAGCAUCCAUGCCUCCUGCGAACAAGUUGGAAGGAGAGCUGUCUUCUCCUAAUUAUAACUUUCAUAUAUUCUAUUAUAGUUGGUUUGGGAAUCCACAGUUUGAUGGCAAAUACAUUCACUGGAACCAUCCGUUGUUGCCACAUUGGGAUCCCAAAAUUGCAAACAAUUAUCCAAAGGGAAGGCAUAAUCCUCCUGAGGACAUUGCAGCCAAUUUUUAUCCUGAACUUGGAUCUUACAGUUCCAAAGAUACUUCUGUCAUAGAAGCUCACAUGAAACAAAUGCUUUCAGCUUCAAUUGGUGUAAUAGCACUUUCAUGGUACCCACCGGGUAUGGCUGAUGAAAAUGGAGAACCAACUGAUGAUUUGGUGCCUAUUAUUUUGGAUUAUGCAAGCAAGUACAAUCUAAAGGUCACUUUUCAUAUUGAGCCCUACAAAGAUAGAGAUGAUCGCAGUAUGUACCACAAUGUCAAAUACAUCAUUGACAAAUAUGGAGCCCAUCCAGCCUUUUACAGGCAUAAGACCAGCACAGGCAGAUCUCUUCCCAUGUUUUAUGUUUAUGAUUCUUACGUAACAAUUCCUGAAAUAUGGGCAAAUCUGUUAACUGUAUCUGGAUCCCAGACUAUUCGAAAUACUCCAUACGAUGCGUUAUUCAUUGCUCUUCUUGUAGAAGAAAGACACAAACAUGAUAUUCACAGAAGUGGCUUUGAUGGAAUGUACACAUACUUUGCCACAAAUGGGUUCUCUUACGGCUCGUCUCAUCAUAAUUGGGCAAGUUUAAAAGCCUUCUGUGACAGCAACAACUUAAUGUUUAUUCCAAGUGUGGGACCAGGAUAUAUCGACACCAGUAUCCGACCGUGGAACAACCACAACACCCGUAAUCGUGUCAAUGGAAAAUACUAUGAGACUGCCUUUAAUGCAGCCCUUUUGGUGAGACCAGAAAUUAUUUCCAUUACAUCUUUUAAUGAAUGGCACGAGGGUACUCAGAUUGAAAAAGCUGUCCCCAAAAAAACUGGACAAAUAGUGUACCUUGAUUAUAAGCCCCACAAACCAAAUGUUUACCUAGAGCUCACUCAGAAGUGGUCUGAGAAGUACAGAAAAGAGAAAGAGCAGUGGCUUAUGUGAGCUAUUUCUACUGCAGUUGUUUCUUAGCAUAUUGGAUCCAGUGAGAAAGAAAUUGAGAGCUGAAGAAUCUGUUAUGAAAUGCCUCUGUUAUGGGUAUGUUUAAAUCAUUAUAUUGCAUUAACGUAAAUGCACUACUGCUGAAUUUUGAAGAGGAAAAAAGUGUGAGAAUAUUGGCAUCUCAUUGGAUACUGUAGUUCAAGAAUGCUUUAUUUUAAUUAGUAAUUUGCAUGCUGAGCUUCAAGAACAUCUGCAUGGGAUAACUACAUGACUGAAGUAGUACAAAAAUUUGACAGAUAUUUGUAUACUUUAUUCAUGUACUUCUGUUUCUAAUCUAAGUGAUCCUUUAAGCUAAACUUAAUCUUGAUAGCUUGCUUUUUGCAGGAUGCAUGUCAGUAGCAUGUGGAGUAAUCUACAGCUACUGUUUUUAUGCUUUGCACAUUGGGAGUUCUUGAUUAUGAUUAUUUUGUGGUAAAAACACUGUAUGUAUGUCCGAUGCAACAUUGGUGAGUUUUCAUUUAUUUCUUUUUUAAAUAUAUAUUUUUGAAAGAUUGAGUUCCAAAGAACUACUGAAAUAUUUCUAGUUUACUUCUAUUUGUUCUGUUCAGUACAUGCUGCAUACUUUUGCACGUUACUGGAAUGCUGACCAGUUUACAUAGUUUUUCUAUGUCUGAACUUUAUUAAAAAAAUAAAAAUAAAAUAAAAUCCCAACAACCAAACAAAGAAAACAGCAACAAAAAACCCUGAAAUUUGAGAGCAGAAAAAAAAUUCUAAAGAUACAGAAGAAAACCAACUAUAGUUACAUGUUGUAUGUUGACUACAGGCACAGAUUUAGUUUGUUUUUAAAAACAUCAAAGAUUCUAAAGCUAAUAUUUUGGUAGUCAUACAAUAAAUAUAAUUUUAAGUUAUGCUUUUUCAUUCAUAAUUUUUGGAGCGAUGUAGUUUGGUAGGAGUGACAUCAACUACUCAUCAUGUUUAUUUGAAAUCAGAUUUCUAUUUUCAUGUAUUUCCAAGAUCCAGAACAGUAGAUACUAAAGUCGCGUUAGUGUUCAAGUAAGCUGCUCAACACUACUUUUAACAGCAUGGUGUGCCUGGAAAUUAUUUCUUUUUUGACCUGAGAUUCUCACCUUUCCAGUGUAGUGACUACUACUUGUUUUUCUUACUGAAGCUUGAAAAUAUCAAAUUGUAUAGAUAUGUCUCCUCAAGAAUCUGUUUCUGGAAGGAGUGUUGUUUGGGGGGAGGGGACGUGGACUUUCUCAUACAACUUUACAGGAUAACAGUAAACAUUAAAUUAUUACAGUAUAUGUUUAUUUGCAGCGAGUGUUUAAUUUGUAACAAAGUGGCUCUAAAAAAAAAAAAAUGGAUCUUGCUUUGUAGUUAAUAUAUUGUAACUGUUGUAACCACUAGAAUCCUCUCAAUUUCAACAGGAUCUAUUGUAAUUACUCACACUUCUUCCUUGGUUAAUUGUAGUGCUCUUUCCAUGAAGUUGUAAGGUGGAUGUGAGGACUUGUGGUUAAAAAAGAAGAUAAGAUGACAAAUGAAAAAAGAGAAAAGUAUGCUUUUCUUUCCAAAAACUUGUGUCAUUCCAAAUAAACAUAAAGAAGUUACUGCAUGGGUUGUUCUGAAAGUAAUGUCUCCUAUUUAUUUCCAUGGAAACUACAGCAGAUACAAAGAGCACGGUAGCACUAUUUGUCAGAGUAAAUUCUCAGUUAAAAACACCACUUUUCAACAUUGUCACCACCAUCAGCUGUACAUUUUGGCCUGCGAUGAACAUGAGCCUGCGUGCCACACAUCAUAAAAUUCUGCAGCAGUAGAGGUGACCCUCUGUUUCCACUGCUGCAAUGCCUCGCUCUGCUCACAUCCACUGUUUGGUCUCCAUGGAUGUUCGGCAAACAUUGAUGCUUGUCAGUGAUUGCCAUUUUUCUGCAUCGAGGAACUCAUUGACACACCUUUGCUUCAUACACAUUCAGUGUGUUCUGUUGGACUGACCCUCUGCUUCCAUUUGUCAUAUGGCAACAAAAUACAGUGGGAUGUUAACAGGAAGGCUCAACCUCUACUGCCAUAACACUGACAUCCACCUAUGACAUUGAGGGCCAAUGUAAUAGGCAACAUUACUUUAGGAGCAGCCCUUGUACAAUAUUUUCUAGAGUCCUUCUGGUAUGAAGAAAUGUUUGUGUACCUACACUUAUUUGCAAAUUAAUUCUCAUCGCUUGCCUGCAAUUAUUAAAAGGUUGAGGUAUCGCACAACCAUCUCAGCUCAGCUUUUUUCAAGAAAAAAUGUGGAAAUUGGGUUACAGAUAUAUAACCUGACAUUUAAAGUGCACUUCUGGAGUUACUCCAUUCUUACUAGUAUUAAUUCUUUGCAUUUUCCUGCUGCAUCUCUGCAAACUUAAGUGUUUCUAACAGAAAUGUUGGCUAAAGCUUAUUUUGUUUCAAUUGCACUCAGGUGGAUAAGCUAAAGAAGAUAUAGCUAUGACCACUGUUACAAAAUAGUGUCUGAUAUAUUUAAAGCACUUGUUAAGAGUUUAUCACUUUCAAGUGAACUGCUCUCUGUUUAUUAAGGAAAAUUGUUGAUACAUCUUUACUGUUACUCCCUGGCAUAACUAUACAUAAUUUGUUUUUAUAAUUUGAUACCUUUAAACUUUGCAGUCCAAAGAGCCCAUAUAUUUGAAGGAGUAACUGUAUUACAUAUCUAUAUUGAAUAUAUUGUUUAAAAAUUCUUCUGAAUUCAGACCUUUUUUAAGGACAAAUCUCUUUCUCUGCUUAAACUUUGCCAUCCAUUCUUUUGUUACUGUAGUUAUCUGCACUGUUUACUAGUCAUGAGAACUGUUUGCUCAGCUUCAAGCUCCUCACUUUUUUUCCUAGCAAGGUUUUUAUCCAUGUCUGUAAAAGUUGCUUCUUUUGUUGCAGUUUAUGGAAGAUUUGAAAUUUUUGUGCAGUGUUUUACGGCUGUGAUAAUCUGUUUUUGUUUAAAAUAUAAUUUUUGGUAACAGCGUAGUGUAUCUUCCUUAGAAAAGCUCUGUAGUUGCUGCAAAGAUAUCAUUUAGCUCUUGAUAUGAAGUGGUAUGGGCUGUGAUGCAUGGGUGUCUAAGGUGAUCUUUAGAAGAAUGUAAGAAUUUCUCAAAAUAUGAAAUAAAGGAGUACUUAGGAAUUUGUCACUAAUGAGCACUUACUGUAUUUUUAUGUGCUUAAUAUGGUUUUAAGUCCAAAUAUGCCACCUGGAAAAAAACAUAUUUCCAAGAGUAGAACUGGCUUUGAAGAGAUCUCAUGGAAUAGUAGCUACUAGAACUACCACACCUGCCUACCCAAUAUUUUUUCUAUACUUGGAGCAAAACUCACUGCAAGUGUUGGAACAAGAAUUAGAUUUCUGCUGAUGGAUUACGACUUCAAUCAUAAUUGUUUUUGGAAAAAUGGCUAAAAUAUUUCUGUGGGAAAAGUUUUACACAGGUGCAAAGAAAUAGGUAUUUCUAACAUAAGAGCACAGUUACUAUGGGCAGGGGAAAAAGUGGAUGUAUUUAGAAGGUAAUUGUUCCAAACUUUAAAAUUAAAAAGAAAAAAAUCCAAUCAAAAUUAGGAGGAAGGGAAAACUCUGUAAUGAGUUUCAGAUCUGAAAAGGAAUUAAGGAUUAUCUGUAUCACUUCAUCCUCACUCCCCUACUUUUUUUUUUUUCUAAUUGAUGAAAAAUGCUAAAUGAUUACUUUUAAUGUAUUUACUUUGAAGAAUUGCAGUUGACUCAUCUCUUUUAUGUUAUAGUACUUAAAGUAAAUGAUGUAUUAACUUUAUGCAAACUACAGAAGAAACAGUUAAGUAGAUCAUUCUUUGACGUUCUUCUGCACAUAUAGAGAUACCUGAAGUUACUGUUGGAGUAUUCCUAGAAGGAAAAUGCUUAUGGUCUCUGAGGCAGCAAGCCUUUGUGGUGAGAGAGUGCUUAAUUUCAAAGGGAACUGGGUUCAUUUCUGCUUCCAUCAGUUGUGAUCAAAUAAAUUGUUUCAGUUUUGUGAGCUGUCUGAGAAGUGAAGCUCAAUACAUCUCUGAAAGCAGGGUUUGUAUCAUCUUGCACAGAUCUAUAAACUAGUACCGAGUUUUAAGGGAAAGAGCGUGUACAUAUGCUGUUACUAUUUCAGUGCAACGUGUAAAUUAUGGUGAAUAUAUAUUCUGUACCAGGGUAUAUCGUGUUUGCCUAGUGCCUUUCUUUUGACAGUGAUUUGUCUCUUAACAGGUUUUUGAAACAGAAGGAUGUUUAUUUUUAUUAUGAAACUUUAUAUAUACACUGUACAUAAUUUGAAUUUCAUUUCACACAUGGCUCUUGGAAAAUGUUUUACACAAAUUUGUGUUUUUAGCACUGUGAUGAUAGUAGAAUAUAUCUCUGUGCAGGUGGACAGGGCUGCUGUUGGUGUAGUUUUAUUUUUUAUUUUGUGGUUGUGGUUGCUUUUUUAAAUUAUUUUUAAUUGAAUCUAGUGUACCUAAAUACUAGAGAGGAAGUAAACUAUUUGCAACCUAAUAGCCAUUUUAAGAUAAGUUGAAAAUCUCACUGCGAGUCUUAAGGGAUGUUGUAAGUAUUGAUCCUCAACCUUCUACUUGCUUAAAUUAGUGUCAGUAUUCUUUUUUUAUUUUUAUUUUUUUCUGUUACUUCUGACCACUACGUUAAAUGCUGUGUAAUCUUUUAAAGUGAUUUUAUUUCUCAGUUUCCUUAAUGGAAUCUGGAAAAAUAUUAGCAGUGCAAAAGAGCCUGAUACAAGUUUCAUGUUUUACAGAUAUGAUUUUGUUGUGAAUGGGUAGUGUAUCUUGGUUGUGUAUUAAACAUGGAUAAAUAAAAUAAUUUGUUUCUUCUAAUACCCUACCUGGCUGUUGCAGAGAUGCAUUUGCUUACAUGCAUAUAUAAAGCGUGUGUGUGUCUAUUUGUAUGCAUUAUAUAAACAUAUAUAUGUAUCUGUAUGUGUGCAUAUAGCUGAAGUAGUUAUUUUUUUAAGUACUAUAUCAUUGAUUUAAAAUUAUAAGCUAAAUUUGGCUACCUUUUAAUCAAGUAAUGUUUUUAAUUCCCUGUGGUGUUUACAAAAAAAAAGUUGGUUGUAUAUGAGUAUUAUCAUGAAAAAUAAACACAUGCCCAAAAAUUGUGGCUUAAA